CCUGCCGAGGCGGUGCUGUCUCGGACCGAGCGGCGGGAGAGAGGGUUCAGAGAUGGGCAGUGAGGAGGAGCAGAGUCCAGAACCACACGUGCCUGAGGAAGGGGAAGGGGGUAAGCCUUGGAGAGUGGAUGACUCAGAGGGUUCCCGGAUCCCACCUGGGGAGAAGGAGCCUGGGCAGGAGAGCCUGUUGGAGGGGCCACAAGAAACCCAUCCAAAAAAGCCAUGGCAGAAAGUCACUGCCCCAGCUGAAGAGCCAGGGGACCCCAUUGCUCAUCCAAGGCCAGAGGCAGAGGAGAAGCCCUUUAUAUGUGUCCAGUGUGGCAAAACUUUCAAUAACACCUCCAACCUGAGAACCCACCAGCGGAUCCACACAGGCGAGAAGCCUUACAAGUGUUCUGAAUGUGGCAAGAGCUUCUCUAGAAGCUCUAACCGCAUCCGGCAUGAGCGGAUCCACCUGGAAGAGAAGCACUACAAAUGUCCCAAAUGUCAGGAGAGUUUUCGGCGGCGCUCAGACCUCACUACGCACCAGCAAGAUCACCUGGGCAAGCGGCCUUACCGCUGUGACAUCUGUGGCAAGAGCUUCAGCCAGAGUGCCGCGCUGGCCGUGCAUCAUCGCACCCACCUGGAGCCAGCACCCUACAUCUGCUGUGAGUGCGGGAAGAGCUUCAGUAACAGCUCCAGCUUUGGCGUGCACCACCGCACCCACACAGGCGAGAGGCCUUAUGAGUGUGCCGAAUGUGGGCGGACCUUCAGUGAUAUCUCCAACUUUGGAGCACACCAGAGGACCCACAGAGGGGAGAAACCCUACCGGUGCACACUGUGUGGGAAACAUUUCUCCCGAAGCUCAAAUCUCAUCCGUCACCAGAAAACACACUUGGGUGAGCAGGCUGGGAAAGAUUCCAGCUGAAGAAGAGCUUUAUUUAGAGAGCAAGGGAGAGAGAGUGAGCGAUCCCAACCUAGUGGAGGAAGAUCUUUAGGAUCUGCUGCUGCCACCUUGACCUCAAACCUUUCAUCCCACUUUGGAGAAUGGUUUCCUAUUGCCUCUGAAGCCAGGACCUUAAGGAAGUCCUGAGAAGGGACUCUGAGUAAAAAUCCUUGCUUAUUACCAGGCCAAUUUCUUGACUUGGAAAGUCAGAGGACCCAGUCUUGGCUCACCUACUUGGGGUGAAAGAGAAAUAGGGUAGGCUCAGAACAUGCUCAUGUCAUUAGGGUAGCAGUCCCCUGGCCUUUGAGGGAGUACCUGUGAUAGGUAUCACUGUCUGUAGGUUCUCCACAUUGUCUCCGACCUGCUGUGCCCCAACUCUGCUUCUAGAUCUCUGGGCUGGGAGGACCAGCCUUCCCAAUGGAAGGGGCCUCCUUGGUCUGGAGAAGAGAUCUGAGGUUUGCUCUAAGGAAUGAAAAGGAAGCCCUCAGGGUGCCAUGAUCCAGGGACCUUCACACUCCAUGUUUGUUUCUUGUUACCUGCACCCCGACCUUCCUCUGUUUUCCCCAGAGUGAUUAGCAGUA